GACUACGGGCGGGGCCUGUGGGUGGCGGCCCUGGCACUGGCGCUGUUCGCCCUCUUCACGGCCGUAGAUGCUCAGCGCACUUACCCCGAGGAGGUCCACCGGCUGGUCGUGGAGCGGCUGCGGCAGCGCGGCGGCGGCGGCGGCGGCGGCGCGGGCGCGUGGGGCGAGUGGUCGCCGUGGGCGCCGUGCUCCCGCUCUUGCGGCGGCGGCGUCUCCGUCCAGUCGCGGGAGUGCCUCGUGAACCCCGGACGGCAGCGGGCGCGGGCGAGGCGGCGAGUCAAAAACGACAGCGGUGGAAGUCGCUGCGUCGGCCUCUACAAGCGUUUCCAGCUGUGCAACGUGCAGGCGUGUCCGGGGGGCUACAGCGACUUCCGGCGGGAGCAGUGCGCCUCCUUCAACAAGACGCCCUUCAACCGCCGCUUCUACACGUGGGAGCCCUACUACGACACCCCCGACUCGUGCGCCCUCAACUGCCGCGCCGUCGGCCUCAGCUUCUACGCCACGCUCAACCAGACAGUCAUCGACGGGACGGCGUGCGGACUCGGGGCCAGCAAGAUCUGCGUCGCCGGGAUGUGCAUGGAGCUCGGCUGCGACGGCGUGUUGGGCUCCGGGAAGCGGCUGGACUCGUGCGGGCAGUGCGGGGGCGACAACAGCACGUGCAGGGUGAUUGCGGGCAUCUUCUCCCGCGUCCGGAUGCCCUACGGCUACAACAUCAUCGCCACCCUGCCCGCGGGCGCCACCAACAUCACCAUCCAGCACUCCAAGCCCUCCACCAACUACCUGGCCCUGCGACUCCAAGGCGGAGACUUCUUCAUCAACGGCAACUGGGCGGUCAAUGGCUCCGGCAACUACCCGGCGGCGGGCACCGUGUUCGCGUACCAGCGCCCCGAGAUGUUCCUCGGCGACAAGGUGGUCGCGGCCGGACCCCUCGCGCAGCCCGUCGACGUCAUGCUGUUCUUCCAGUCAACCAACCCUGGGAUCAAAUACGAGUACCGUCUGCCGAUGUCUCCGUCGGGCAAGGGCGCGCCGGCGGGAGUUGUCCCGGGCUCCCCGCAGCGUCCCCGCCACCGGGACAACCCCCUGAACCCCUUCGUGCCCGGAGGACCUGCAGCUAGGACCCCGCCCUCGGGUCCCGUCAACGACGCCAGGUCGAGCAACGGCCACGGGAACUCGAUCUACGCCAACCGAAGACAGAAAGCGGAGGAAGAGGAGAAGAAGAAAAAGGAGAGACAAGGAAAGAAGCAAAGUAACAAAGAUAAAAAAGGAAAUAAGAAACGAAAAAGAUACGAGUGGAAGGUCGUCGGCUUCAGCAGCUGCACGGCGACGUGUGGGGGCGGGUCGCAGACAACGCGUGUGGUGUGCGUAAAGCGCAAGAAGGACAACGAGGUCCCGGCGAAGCACUGCGCCGACCACCCGAAGCCGCCCGAGGAGGUCGUCCGCUGCAACCUGCGCCCGUGCCCCGCCGAGUGGGUGCCCGAGGAGUGGGGUCCCUGCAGCGUUUCCUGCGGCCUCGGCGUGCAGACGCGCUUGCUCUCAUGCAAGAUUCGCUUGUCGCAGGGCCAUAUUGUGGAGGCCGCCCAGGAUGCCUGCACGGCGCCGCCCUCCGUGUCCAGAGCUCAAGUGUGUGAGUUGCCCGCCUGCAACUCCGCUCCGGCUUGGCAGGCGGGCGAGUGGGGGGCGUGCUCGGCGCAGUGCGGGCUGGGCACGCGUCACCGCACCGUCACGUGUGUCACAGCGAAGGGCGCCGUGUCCUCACACCUCUGCCCCAGCGAGGAGAAGCCCAGCAACCAGGAGCUGUGCGACAUGGGCUCCUGCGCCACCGACACCUGGUUCAUCUCGAAGUGGGGCGAGCGGUGCUCCGAGGAGUGCGGCGACGGCGUCCAGCGGCGCAGAGUUCACUGUUCGGGCGACGCCCUCGACAACCAAGUCACGGAGACCUCCUGCAACCCCGAACAGCGGCCCGCCACCACGAGGGCGUGCACCUCCGACAGAGGCUGCGGCGGAAAGUGGUUCACAGGCCCCUGGGGAGAGUGCGACUCGGAGUGCGGCCCCGGGCGGCGGGCGCGCUCCGUGGUGUGCGUGGUGUGGGCGCGCGGCCAGUGGCGCAUCACCACGGACGUGACGCAGUGCAAGGCCGACCCACGCCCCGACACGACGCAGGGCUGCACGCGCCCAUGCGGCUCCGAGUGGUACACGUCGGAGUGGUCGCAGUGCUCGGCGUCGUGCGGCAGCGGCGUCCAGCGCCGCGAGGUCAAGUGUCUCAGCGAGAGGCAGGAGCCGGCGCUCGAUUGCACGUCUGCCGCCAAACCCGACACUCGGCAACCCUGCAACACGCAGUCUUGCCACCAGGAGCAAGCCGACGAGAGCCCGGGCAACACCUCGGCGAGCGACGAGGCUCCUCAGGCUCCUCAGGCCUCGGCGGACUCCUCUGCUCCCGGUGAAGACUCUGAACGGAAAUCCCCAGGUAACGUGUCCGCUGCGGCGUCGUGGAGGCAUCCUCACCGCGGCGCUGAGGAUUCCGCCAGUCAUGGCUUCCAGAUUCGCAGAUCCGAGGGCGGCCGGCCGGCCUUCGAGGGCCGCGGCGGCCUUGAAGACUCUGGUCACAGGGGAUCCACUUUGGCUUGGGCCUCGUCGGGGGGUGAGGAGGAAGUGGUGCGCGUGGACCACGAGGAGGAGGAGGAGGCGGAGGAGAAGGAGGAGAUUAGUCAUGAGGAAGAGGAGGAGGAGGACGAGGAUGAGGGGGCAGGGAGGCCCCCAGAGAGGCAUUCGGUGGCGGCCUUCGGCGGCAGGCGGCGACGGCCCGGCUCGCCCGUGCGCCCUGGACCAGCGGCGCGACCUGGCGGCUUCCCCCAGCACAGACCUGGACGACCUUGGCGACCCGGUGUGUGCAUCGACAGGAUGAAGAACUGCCACCUAGUGUAUAAAGCCCGCCUGUGCCGCCUCAAGUACUACAAUAAGCUUUGCUGCGAGACCUGCACGAAGAACCAGUGAUCAUCGUGCAUCACUCCAUGCAACAAGAACCAGUGAUCCUUGCACACUGAGACGUGCCUCAAGAACCCGUGAAUGAAGCACCUCGCGUCGUGCUUCGAGAACCUCUGAAACCGCACUCGCGCAGAGCAGGGACUCCUCAGUGACGAGCCAGUGGACUCUGCUUAAUU